UAGAGCACGUGCUUUCAUCAAGUACAACCAUGUCUAUUUGUAAUUCUUCCUCUUCCUCCAUAGCCCUUUUGUUGUUCAGUGUAUAUGGUAGGAGAGCAUACAGUGUGGCGGUGGACAACGUGAAAGUAGGGUCGGCCACCAUGACGAGGAAGACGGCGGAGGAGAAGGUGGAAGGUGUGGCUGCGGGAAAAGAUGUUUUCUGGAUGAAAGAUCCCAAAACCGGGAAUUGGCUGCCGGAGAGUCACUUCGAUCAGGUGGAUGUUGUCGAGCUCCGGCAGAAAUUACUGUCCAGCAAUGUAGCCCCCAAAUCUUGAAGUUAAAUAAAUAAUACACCCUCUUUCAUAUAUAUUUUUAGUAAUACAGAUUUUUAUCAUUUAUGUGAUUUGUACUAAAAAUUAUAUAAAUAAUUAUAAUAUAG